AUGUCCAACGUCCAUGCCAACAUGUUUGGAGCUUCUGUGGGCGAUCUCGCAAUCGCUCGCAAGAGGCCUUCCCUUAUGUCUUUGCCUUUGAACCUCAUUGCUGCAAUUGUGGCGCAUCUAGAAAAUGUUGCAGACCUCGCACGCCUCUGUCGCACAUGUCGCGUGCUGAAUUACAUGACUCUUCCCCUGCUCUACAAAGAUCUUUCUCUUACUUCGUACGACAAGAUCAGGUACCGCGAUGAAAUCGCCGAAGGAUGCGGUAGUGCCAGCCCGUUUUCCAUGGCUUUAAACGUGGUGGUGACAAGGAACAUGGGUGGGCUGGUGCGAUCUUUAACAUUGCGAGGGCAUUGGAGGGAAGAUGAAUUAGAGGAGCAUGCGAGAGUCGGGAGAGUACCAGACUCGUCAAUGAUGCUGAAUAUCGUGGUAAGGGCUGCUGUGGAUAAGAUGUCUGCUCUGGAAUCUGUCAGCUGGCAGCUUAACACAAAAAUGCUGGAGACAGUUUAUCAAGGUCUCGCCCAGCUACCUAAUUUAACCUCGUUGACAGUGCGGUUUCCAUCAAGUCGGCAUCCCCGACCGACUGCUGUUAUUCCGCCAAUGCCACAUCUACGAUGCCUUAAGAUCACCGAUAUCGACCCACUCUGUUACCCCGAUGAUAUUUCCACGUUACUCUAUGAAAGCAAAAAGCUUCGGGAGUUGGGAUUGCACUGGUCUUCCCGCAUGCGGGUAGAACAUGAGGCCAGUGUCUCCCUGUCUGAUUAUUUUCGCAAGUGUCUUGCUGCUAAAUCGCCGUUGACCAUCAAAAAGAUAUCGUUCCAAAAUCUAUAUGCAUUCCACCGGGAGGAGGUUAUGCAUGCCCUGGACCACUCCGUGCUUGAAGACUUAACCUUGCUUAACGCUCCAAAGGGUGCAGAUGAUAAUGUAUCUUUCGUGGAGUACAGCUGGCCGUUGCCAAAAUACGAGAUGAAAAUAAAAUCCUUUCGGUCUGAUCGCUUUGAUACAAGGAGCUGCGAGUUCUUGGCCAAGGUUACAGAAGUGGAACGGCUAUAUCUGGUGAACGGCUUCCGAAAUGCUGGCGAUUACAUCAACAGUCCCAGAAAUUUAUACUCGCACUCCUCCACAAGCCCUACGCCAUCUUCUAGUGAUGUAUCUUCUCCUAAACGAAGCAAAAAUGCAUCUGCUAAUUGCGCAUACCCCGCGUCUAGAGCGCAUAUCGUCAAUUUCACAUCUCAGUCCCAUCAAUCCAUGUCUAAUUUUCAACCCUAUGUACGUGACUUAUUUGUCCAAACAAUUACCUCCACGCAAGGACCUAGACUCCGUCAUCUUCUCCUCCCUUCUCGAUGGCCUCUUCCGCCUGCCCUGAUCGGACGCCUUGUGCGUUCAUGUCCCAAUUUAGAGCAGCUUGCUCUAGCAACGGAGUUGUCCAGCAUGGAAUCAGUCAGCUUUCUUCUCCCAUUUUUACUGAAACUCGUUGCUCUUCGACUCCUUAUCCCAACUUCUUAUGCCGCCUCCGAUUCCAACUCAGGGCAAGGGAUUUUCAGUCAUGAUGCCCAUCAAGUGGUUGAUAUGGAUGACCGCAUCCACAACGAAACAAUGGGCGCGUCGUUGGCGGAUAUGGAAUUAUUUGGAACAUUGAAAAUAAUCGGCCUUGGCUGGAAGGCAUGGGAGCUGGGCGAAUUUUAUACGAUUCCCCGCUCUGAAGCGACGCGCGAGUUCCGUUUUAUGGAGGCGCAUGCAAUUGCAUUGAAAUAUCAAUCUAUGACUGCUAGUCACUCAUCUUCCUCAUGUCUAACGCCUGCAGGGGCGGGAGGGCCGCCAGAAGGGAACAUCACGAUUCCAGAAACCGGCCAACACGAGCGUCAAAAGACAUCAAAGACAUGGCCGACGACAUUAUCCUCGCUGGGAAAACGAAAACAGCCUCCAGAUAGUAACGGCGAUAGCAGCAUUAAUGGCAACCAUAAAUGCGAUAACAUUAGCAAUCUCGAUUCGCCAUCCUCGCCCUCUCCUUCCCCCAUCUCAGCUUUCACGAUACCCACAAACCAACAAUUCCCACAGGCUACAUCCCGAACCUCCCCUUCCUCUACAACGGCAACAUCCGUCACUCCACCGGCCGAAUUCCAAGCCCAAGCGCAACCCACUAACCCCUCUAUAACACGUCUACAACCGUCUCCGCCUUCUCCGUUCGAACUCAAUCCGCCUUUCACUUACAAUAGCACUGGCGAGCUUGUAUCCCAAGAGAUCAUCACAGAAGUGACUCGUUGCAUAUUCACAGAGCAAACUAGAGAUUCCGAGGUGCUUCAUCGACGCCGCGUGAAGCGGGUGGGGUGGGAAGUGCUGAAACAUUGGGAGAUUUGGGGGUUGGAUGUUCAGGAAAUUUGA